CAUUACUAACUUUGACCUCCAUGAUAAUYUGAAAACUAUUUUUUGCUCUGAAUUCUUCGCUAAAAAACUAUUUAAAAAUGGUGGUUCUUCGAGCCAAACUCUUAAUUGCAGGCGAUUCUUGUGUGGGUAAAACUGCACUUACUCAAGUAUUUCAUAGUGAUGGCUCUCAAUUUCCUAAAAACUAUACUUUGACUGUUGGGGCAGAAGUGUCGGUCAAAACUGUACAUAUUCCUGAGACCUCGGACUCUGUGGAGUUGUACAUCUUUGAUUCUGCUGGUAAAGAGCUGUUCUCAGAGACAGUACAACAAUAUUGGGAGAAUACUAAUCUUAUUAUGGUGGCAUAUGAUGUAUCCAAUGAACAGUCAUUUAAUGCUUGUAAUAAAUGGCUUGAAAGAUGCCGAGCUGCAACACCUUACCAAAGUGUACCAGGUGCUCUGAUUGCUACCAAAACUGACCUCAAACAGCGAAGAGUAAUAUCAGCCAAGGAAGGAAAGGAAUUUGCCAGCUCAAAGGAUUUGGAAUAUUUUGAGUGUUCUGCUAAAGAACACCAGAAUGUGGAAGCACCGUUUUACUUUCUGGCCCAAGAAUUCCACAAAAUCUAUCAUGAAAAACUUGAAGUUAUGAAGUCUUUAACAUGACUGGCUUAUUCUUGCAUGAAAUCCUCUAACUUCUGGACCUAUUCUUUACAAUUCUGGUAUCUGGUUCCAUUCCUAAAAAAUAUGAUUUCCUUAUUUAAUCAUUAGUAGUCUAGCUCUUUAAAAACAUGAUACUAGAACAAAACCUUCACCAUCCUUUUUUGGAAUCAACAUCUUCAUCAGUUGCCGCUGUGCCAUGAGUGGCCUAAGGCCUUUUUAAAAAUAGCUGUAUAAAAAUGUAGAAUAUGAAAAACAGUUGCACACUAGGACAUUGACAUAAGGACUAGAAGAGGCCUGAGUGUAAAUAUGUAAAUAAUGACAAAAAAAUUCUCAUAUGGCAAUUGUUUUGCAUAUACUGAUUCACUUUUUAGACUUGAUAGGAGUUGCGCAUAAUAAAAAACUUCCAUAAGGCCCUAGUAUAUUUAUAGUAUUAUCUGGAAUUAACUGCAAGUAAUCCUGCAGAUUAAGUUAACAUAUAAAGAUUACAUUUAAUAAAGUUCAUUCAUUUAA